UAGUGGAUGGAAAGAACAAAUAGAGCAAGAGGAAGUGAAGGAAUGAGAACAGGAUGAUAGAGACUGAUGAUUGAGGCUCUUUGUGACUUGGCACUCAGACACUUCAUGCUUAUCUGAAUGGAAAUUAGUUUAUUUCUAGGGUGGUCAGUGUCCAGUUGAUAUACAUAUUGAGAUAUUAACAAAUAAUGUCCAUUACAAUCUUGCAAGAUUGGCCUAGUUCAAUAUAGGCUAGUUAAGAUAAUUCGAUUCUAAUCAGACAAAUGUAUAAAUAAAUACAGUGUCAAAUAUAAAAAUGUUUGUCCUCUAGUUUAAAAUUUCAUGGCGACAUGACUUUUGCUUGUUGUGUCUACUACCCCACAUUGAGCUGCUUUCCGCGCGGGGCGUGGGUCCGUUUCAGAUGCGCUCGGCACGGGCACAGUUCCAAAUGCAAAGAGCGCUCACAGCUUCUGACCAACGACAGCUCCACGCCGCUCACCGCGUCGCAGGACUGUCAAGUGAAAAUGGGUCUCGAAAAGGUGAAUUACGAAACGAGUAUUAUCGUGGACGAGGACGAGUUCAACAGAUCAAUCGAACCGAUUCUGUUGAAAAAUGACAAAGUAUAUUCGGCGAUUCCAAACCGAGAUCCCAAUGACAUAAACGCGCACUUAAAGGUUGGUUUUGAUGAUGUGAUAGCAGAGCCCAGUUCGAGCCGCAGCUUCGACAAAGUAUGGAUAGGAAGUCACGCUGUCUUCGAACUGGUCAAAUAUGGCUUCUACCUAAUAUUGACCACCAUCCUUGCUGUGCCCAUGGCGUUUAUCCUUGGUAUUGUCUUCGGGGUCUUCAGCUGUGUUCAUAUUUGGGUGCUGAUGCCGGCGGUGCGGAGCUGUCUGAUGGCGCUGCCCUCUGUCCAGGUGGUCUGGAGCAGCCUGACAGACAUGCUCGUCACCCCCGUCUUCCACAGUAUGGGCCGGUGUCUGUCAUCAGUUCACGUCAAGACCACAGACAGCUGAUAGGGGCUUUUCUUCCCUGUCAUGAAGACGCACAGAGGGGGGAAAGCAAGGGUCGGAUGAGAGAGACAUAAAAAGGAUUUAUUUAAGGCUAUAACUUUUUUGACAUAUAUCUAAGUGGAAAAAUAAGAUAUCCUUUACUCAUGUUUGUGUUGAAAUAUAUAAGCUCUUUAUAAAGCCAACAUCAACACUCCAUAAUAUCUGGUAGAAUUAUGAUAGAAUCAUUUAUUAGAAGGCUAACUGCUACCUGUAAAGUGAUGAUACGUUUAUAAGUGGUCAUAAAGGUUGAUUGGGGUAAACUUCCCUUAGACAACACCAUGACACCAUCUGGGUAAUAACAUGAUCCAACAUGAUCAUUUAUGUCAUCUGGAAUUUCACAAAAGAUUAAUAAUAAGGUUUGAUGUUGAUAGAAGUUCUUGUGUCAAGCUUUAUAAAGGGUUUUUAUGUAUACUGCCAAAAGGACCAUUUUGCAUUUGUGACCCCCCCCAAAAAAUAUUGUCAUUCCAUAGUUCUGAUUCUGAUUCUAAAGGACUGUUUUAAUCAUAUUCGAUCAGAUCAGGGCAACAUGGUUUUUGACGAUAAGGCAUCAUACCAUCCCUGACAGCAGACAUGUAAUAUUUGCGUAGUUUCUGCUUUUUAUGUGAUAUAUAUAUAUAUAACAGAGAAUUCGGCUGGAAAUUGAAUGAAUGAAUUCCUUCAUAUGUUUUCUGUAAAAGAGUGUAAAUAGAUCCAAGAUUCUGGGAUGCAGCUUAUUGCAUACUUGUGCAGCCUUAUUUUGCUACUGCUGUGUUGAUCUCGCAGUGCUUUGGAUAUAUUUUGGGGCGUUAGCUUUUAUACUAAGGGGCAGUUUCCCGGACAUAGAUUAAGCCUAGUGUCUAGCCUAGAAAUUCUCUAUUAAGCUUCCCUUUUGACUCCAUUACGCUUGCUUUUCUGUGUCCGGGAAACCAUCCCUAAGAAACCUACGGUAAAAACCUAAGACAGUUAUAUGCAUUUAAAUGUGGACUAAAUGUCCAAUAUAAUAUGAAACAGGAGUAUUGGCUCUCUAACUUACUAUUUAUAUGCCACGCACAUUUGUCAUGUUCCUUGAUUGUCCAUGUUUUGAUUGAAGUCAUGGAAAAACUGGACAGAACUUGCUGCUUGUGUUCCUUAAGAUAAUGAGGUGAAUACACUCCAGUUAAUUCUAUUGAGUGAAGCCUUGAUACACUUGUCAGGUACAUGGCCUACACUCUUAGAAAAAAAUAAAAGGUACUAUAUAGAACCUAAAAGAGUUCUUCAGCUGUCCCCAUAUGAGAACCAUUUGAAGAACCCUUUUUGGUUCCAGGUAGAACCCUUUUGGAUCCAGGUAGAACCCUUAUGUGUUCCAUAUAGAACCCUUUCCACAGAGGGUCCUACAUGGAACUCAAAAGGGUUAUACUUGGAACCAAAAAGGGUGCUCUUAUGCUCUUAAAGCAAGACAGUUCACAGACCGUGUCUGUACUUGGCUGAGUUGGUUCUUCUCUACCGAGAGAAAAUUGCAGGUGUGAUUGUAUCGGUGUUGAGUUUGGCCUGAAGUUUUUUUAAUGAGAUGAAACAAUGUAGUAAAAAUGGACAACGAUAUCAUUCUAAUUCUGCUCAAAAAACGACACGUAUUCUUUGAUUUGUGUAAAGUACCAAAAAUGUUCCUUUUCUUCACCAAAUAAAGAAUCUUAUUUCAAAAAUG